AUGUCGACGACCAUGCUGCGCACCAGCGCUGUCCGAUCGAUCCCGCGCUCCUUCACCUCCCUCCAAGCUACGACCCCACGAACGAGCGUCCUCAACAACGCCCUGAAAGCCUCGCUGCGGACCUCUGCUCGUCCUGUACGGACCUCUCGUAUCCUCGCCGUUGCCGCGUUCCAGCCAGUUCCGAGAGCCGUUGUGCGCUACGCCCACAACGCACACGCUUAUGAUACUGCAAAGGCAGAGAAGGCACUCCAUGAAAAGCUUUUGGAACCAAUCCCACAAGCGGUCUCGGCUGACUCGACCACUCGACAAGUUACCGGCGAAGUGCAGCCCAAAACUGCCGACGAGGAGGAUGUGGACAUGAUGGGCGGGAUUCGAAGUGAUUUUAACACAAUCAAAGAGACAUUUAGUUUGGCUUCGGUGCCUCGUGAGGCUCUUUACGUUGGGCUGGCGGGUGUCAUUCCGUAUCUGGCUACGUCUCUCACUACCGUCUAUCUCUCUUUCGACAUUCAAUAUGCGGCCAACCAUGGCCAGGGCUUUUUCAUGUCUGGAGAGACUGCUGAGACCUUGCUUCACAUUAUCGAGCCAAUUCAGCUCGGUUACGGUGCCUCGAUCAUCUCCUUCCUUGGUGCCAUCCACUGGGGUCUCGAAUGGGCCGGAUACGGUGGUUACAAAGGCUACCCCAGAUACUCUAUGGGUAUCGUUGCGACGGCCGUGGCCUGGCCAACGCUUCUGCUCCCCGCCGAGGUUGGCUUGAUUGCUCAGUUCCUAGCAUUCACCUUCUUGUACUACAAUGAUGCAAGAGCUUCGGCUCGAGGCUGGGCUCCUCAGUGGUACGGAGUCUACCGAUUCGUUCUCACUUUCAUCGUUGGUGCCAGUAUUGUGGCUUCAUUGAUCGGACGUGGCCAGAUCGCUGAUUUGGUUACACGACCUCCGGGACCUGCCGACAGAAUGCGGGCACUCAGGGCCAAGCAGAUGGAAGAGAUUGGACCUGAGCCAGUGGGUGGCGACGAGGAGGAAGAAGAAGAUGAGGGUGAAGACGAAGAGUAG